CUUACUCUUUAUAUUAUAUAUAUUCUCACCUCAAAGUCAUACUCUUCUAAAAUCCUCUUUUCUUCUUCUUAAUGCACACAGAAGAAAGCAAGUCAUAUAUACCAAAGUGUAAUUACAUGUCAUGAAUAACGACAAAGUCCAAUGAUCCAUCAUCAUCGCGCGUAUUCCCUUAUUUUGGAAACCCGGUAGCAAAAUUUUCUUUCAUUUGAGAUUGGUAUAGGAAGAUAAAGAAUCGAGGGAGUGGUAACAAUGGCUGCACCGCCAAAUAGCAGGCUUCAAAGCAUGUUAAGGGCUGCAGUGCAAUCAGUUCAAUGGACUUACACCCUCUUCUGGCAACUCUGUCCCCAACAAGGGAUUUUGACGUGGGGUGAUGGAUAUUACAACGGAGCAAUUAAGACGAGGAAGACGGUUCAAGCAAUGGAAGUUAGCACUGAGGAAGCUUCUCUGCAAAGAAGCGAGCAACUUCGAGAGUUAUAUGAAUCUUUGUCUGCUGGAGAAGCGAAUUCGCAAACACGAAGACCGUGUGCUGCUUUGUCUCCUGAGGAUCUAACGGAAUCAGAAUGGUUCUAUCUCUUGUGUGUCUCUUUCUCUUUUCAUCCUGGUGUCGGGUUGCCCGGAACAGCAUAUGCCAGGAGGCAGCAUAUAUGGCUCACUGGUGCAAACGAAGUAGAGAGCAAAGCAUUUUCCAGAGCUAUUCUUGCCAAGAGUGCUCAUAUUCAGACAGUGGUGUGCAUUCCUGUGUUGGAUGGCGUGGUUGAGCUGGGCACAACCGACAAGGUGGAAGAAGACCUAAAUUUCAUCCAACACAUAAAGAGUUUCUUCAUAGAACAGCACCCUCCGACGGCAAAGCCUGCACUGUCAGAGCACUCCACCUCCAAUCCCACUUCUUCUUCAUACCCUGUUGUUGUCACUGCCACUACUGCACCACCCAACAAUAUUCCCAACCAAAACGACAUCGUUGAUAAAGGAAAAGAAGUUAAGUUGAAUUCUGAAACAGCAGGAUUAGUAGUUCGUAGCAACACUUUCAUACCCACCGAACUAAUGGAGCUCGACACGUUGGAGGGGUUUCGGGUCGGGUCACCCGGAGAUGGAUCCAACCACUUGGAUUCGUUCCCCACAGAGGCCUCCAUGGCACUGUGUUCUGCAGGGUUGGAACUUCUUCAACUUCAACUACCACCACAACCUCCAGAACACCCUCCCUCAGAAAACAUAGCACAAGGCGACACAGACACUCAUUACUCUCAGACAGUGUCGAGCAUCCUCCAAAAGAACUCCGGGUGGUGGCCGGACUCACCCUCCGUCAACCACCUCACUGAUUCCUUCCAAUCAGCCUUCAACAAAUGGAACUCCGGCACCGACGAGUACCGCGGCCAGUUCCACAUGACGGUGGCAGACGUCACCUCUCAGUGGCUCCUCAAGUACAUUCUCUUCAGUGUCCCUUAUCUUCACGCCAACCGGGUGAAGGGGAAGGGCGCCCCGUCAUACGAGACAAGCCACGUGAUGGCGGAGCGGCGGCGGAGAGAGAAGCUGAAUGAGAGGUUUCUGAUUCUGCGUUCAAUGGUACCGUUCGUAACGAGAAUGGACAAGGCAUCGAUUCUGGGAGACACGAUCGAAUACAUAAAACAGCUGAGGGAGAAGAUUGAGAGCCUGGAGGCACGUGAGCGGCACGCGGGGAAGAGGAGGGUGAGGGAGGUGGAGGUUUCGAUCAUAGAGGGCGAUGCACUGUUGGAGGUGGAGUGUGUGCAUAGGGAAGGGUUGUUGCUGGAUGUGAUGACAUUGUUGAGGGAGUUAGGGGUUGAUGUGAUGAUGGUGCAAUCGUGGGUUAGGGAUGAUGGAGUUUUUGUUGCAGAGAUGAGGGCCAAAGUCAAGGAUAAUGGGAACGGGGAAAAGGCUAGUAUUGUGGAAGUCAAGAAUGCCCUAAACCAGAUUAUACCCCGUCAUAUACCCCACCAUGACCCUUACACACUACCUUCCAAUGAUCAUUUUUAACCAUGGAUUUGGACUUCAAUGGGGUGAGUAUGUCUCAACUGAAUAAGUUUGUGUACAAAUUUAAUUCAUUCUAUAUUUGGUUAACUGAGUACGUGAAUUGAUCAUGUAAAAUAUCAUGGACUUGCAUGUAGUAUACUUUCACAACUGGGCUUGUGAUUUUGUAAGGGAAAUUACCAUGGACAUUGACUAUAUAUGUGCCAUGUUUGUUGUAUUCAAUAUUGAUAUCAUCGUGAGUUAUUACAUACUUUUGGUCAAAUAAAUAUAAUUCAAUAUAUAAUC